CACUCAUACUUGCACCGCCAAAAAAGCAGCAAAACCACUACGCACGAUGACGGACGCUAGUCUCUCCAUCGUGAUCUCCAUCCCCUGCCGAAUUCACUUGGAAAAAGAUCGCCAAGAAUAAUCCAUCAUCUCUGCAACGCUUACGGGAGCACCAUGGAUCAUGAGAACCAAGGAGAUCAGAUGAAGAGAUUUGCAGUUGGUGCCAAUGACAUCACGGAUUUCUCCGAUGGGAACUUGCCCGACAGCAUCGAUUUCGAUGAUCUUUCCGUGCUAAUCAACGACGGAGACGCUUUACCGGAUUUGGAGAUGGACUCGGAAAACCUCGCUGAAUUGUGUGCUUGCGGCGGGGGCGAAAAAGUAGAGGAUAAUGCAAAAAAUGAGAAGGAAUAUGAAGUUUCGGGUUCAGGUUCGGGAUUGAACUCUAGCUCGAGUCGAGGAGAUCAAGAUAUUGUGAGCAAGCGAGAUGGAUCUGUUGUGAUGAACCAACCUAUAAAGGAAGCUGAUAAAGGCAGAAAAUCGCCCACAAAGUCAAAGAUUUCUCAAGGGAAGCGCAAAGUAAAGGUGGAUUGGACCCCAGAGCUACACAUGCGGUUUGUGCAAGCUGUGGAGCAGGUAGGGGUGGAUAAGGCAGUGCCUUCAAGGAUUUUGGAGCUUAUGGGAAUUGAGCGUCUCAAUCGCCACAAUAUAGCCAGCCAUCUUCAAAAAUAUCGGUCAUCACAUCGGAAACAUUUGGUGGCACGUGAAGCAGAGGCCACAAACUGGAGCAAAACAAGAGAGAUGAAUGGCCAAGCUACCGGAGGAGUUGGGAGGAGGGACACGAGUCCUUGGCAAGCACCAACCUGCAUGGGUUUCCCUCCUAUAACACCCAUGCACCACUUUAGACCCCUACUUGUUUGGGGUCAUCCUACCAUGGAUCAAUCUUUAAUGCCCAUGAUGUGGCCUAAACAUCGGGCUGAUCAUCCGCCAUCUCCACCGUCACCCGCAUGGGCCCCAGUUUCCUGGCCACCACUGCGAGACCCUUUACAUGACUGGCACCCUCACCAGCAAAGUGCUCCAAACGUGCUAAACAGAGGAACGCCUUGCUUUCCCCAGCCAAUACUGCCAACACCGAGACAUUAUGUCUCUCCACCUGUCUCAGGCAUCCAACCUCAUACCAUAUACAAAGUAGACCCCAACAUUGGUGCCCCGACUCGACAAUUAGACCCCAACAACCCUAUUCUCGACAUUCAUCCGACAAAGGAGAGCAUAGAUGCAGCUAUUGGCGACGUUAUAUCAAAACCAUGGUUGCCACUUCCUCUUGGACUAAAACCUCCAUCUGAUCAUGACGGCGUGUUGGUCGAACUGCAGAGACAUGGAGUUUUGAAAAUACCAUCCUCUCAUGCUUGAAAUAUCUCUAAGCACAACCGUACAAAAGGCAAUUUUCUAAUUUCAAGACAAAAAUCCCGAAUUCGACGGCUUUUCCUGCAUGCU